AUGUUUGUUUUACUCAGCCUGCAGUGGCAGCCGGGUGGAGCUCACCCCUAUGAUCACUAUAGUUUCAGCCCGGCAGGUUGGCGUGACGCCUCCUCGGCCUUCGUGCUCACAGCUUCACGCCUGCAACUGCGGCCGGGCCAACCACCACCCCACCCGGGCCCACCACCACCCCACCCGGCCCACCACCACCCCAUCCGGCCCUCCACCACUCCACCCCGGCCCCUUGCACACUCCACCCGGCCCUCCACACUCCACCCGGGCCACCAAACUCCACCCGGCCCACCUCACUCCACCCAGCCCUCCACACUCCACCCGGGCCAACCACACUCCACCCGGGCCCUCCACACUCCACCCGGCCCUCCACACUCCACCCGGCCCCUUGCACACUCCACCCGGCCCACCACACUCCACCCGGCCCUCCACACUCCACCCGGGCCCUCCACACUCCACCCGGGCCCACCACACUCCACCCGGGCCCACCACACUCUACCCGGCCCUCCACACUCCCCCGGCCCUCCACACUCCACCCGGCCCUCCACACUCCACCUGGCCCUCCACACUCCACCCGGCCCUCCACACUCCACCCGGGCCCACCACACUCCACCCGGGCCCACCACACUCUACCCGGCCCUCCACACUCCCCCGGCCCUCCACACUCCCCCGGCCCUCCACACUCCACCCGGCCCUCCACACUCCACCUGGCCCUCCACACUCUACCCGGCCCUCCACACUCCACCCGGGCCCACCACACUCCACCUGGCUUUCCACACUCCACCCGGCCCACCACACUCCACCCGGCCCUCCACACUCCACCCGGGCCCACCACACUCCACCCGGGCACACCACACUCCACCCGGGCCAACCACACUCCACCCGGCCCCUUGCACACUCCACCCGGCCCUCCACACUCCACCCGGGCCCUCCACACUCCACCCGGGCCCUCCACACUCCACAGCCCACCACCCUAACCCUCUACACCCCACCCUAACCCUCCACACUCCACCCGGCCCACCACACUCCACCCGGCCCUCCACACUCCACCCGGCCCACCACACUCCACCCAGCCCUCCACACUCCACCCGGCCCACCACACUCCACCCAGCCCUCCACACUCCACCCGGGUCCUCCACACUCCACCCGGCCCUCCACACUCCACCCGGCCCUCCACACUCCACCCGGCCGUGCAUCUGA